AUGAAUAAAAUAUUAAUAAGAACUUUUAAGAACGCUAGACUAGUACACACAUCAGCACUUCGUAGGAGCUCGGAUGACACAGGCCCGCUACUCAAGAAGAAGAGGAGAUUCUUCGACUUAAAACUUUUCAGGCAACACUUGAGGAGACAGAAGAUAGAAGAAAUAGAAAAGGAAAAACGGGAACUUUUAAAAAGCUGUGCAAGUGAGGCACCCAAAAAUUGGGACGUUAGAACUUUUUUAGAAAAUAUAGACAUAGGUGAGAAUAUUGAUGAAAUAGAAAAAUGUUUUAAGAGUUGGAAAGAUUUUAUUACAGUAACACCAAAAGAAUUAUUUAAUAUAGGAUGUAUAACAAAUGAACAGAGGAGAAAAAUAUGGAAGUAUGUAAAUAAGUGUAAAUAUGGUUUAUAUCCUGAAGAUUCGUAUGAUGACUUUGUUAAAAACUUUCAAGCUCCACCUUUAGAAAAUGAGAAUAAACCCUGGUCAAAAGAACAUGAAGAACAGUUAGCUUAUUAUUUAAAUUAUUAUGAUGUAGAUUUUGGAGACCCAUGGUUAUAUAUAUCGUGGAAAAUGAAAAGAACCUUUGAUGAUGUUCAAAAUAAAUAUAUUGAAUUAUAUUUAAAAGAAAAAAAUAAAAAAAGAAAGUGUGAAAUAUGUCUUACUAAAUGUACUACACCAUUAUUAAUGAACAGAAAAUUUAAAUUAGAUCCUCCUUUUAUUUUUUUUAUUCCUUCGUCAAUUAAUUUCCCACAUAUGACUAUUUUUGAUUAUUAUAAUAAAAAGCAAUCUAUUUCUUUUAAUCAAAAUACAUUCAAAGAGGGUUCAGAAAAAAGGGAAAAAAUCUUUUUAUGUGAAGAUACUUUGAAGGCAGAUCCACUUUUUCCUUCCUAUGGGUCUUUUAUUUUUUCCUCGAGUUUCUUACCUUUUGUUGACAAAAGGUGUUUUUAA